AUGGGCGCGUUUUCGCAGUUAGGGCUCUUGCUCUGGAAAAAUAUAAAACUCAGACAGCGAUCACCCGUUCUUACCGGAGUCCAGUUAUUAUGGCCGCUUAUUCUUUUCUCUGUCAUAGCUGUGCUCAGAAUGGGAAACCAGCCCAUAGAAAAUGGGUCAUGUAAUUAUAGCCCCAAAGCUCUGCCAAGUAGUGGAUUGAUGCCAUUUAUGCAGUCAUUCAUUUGUGAUGUUGAAAACACAUGUCAUGAUACCAUCACGACCCCUGACAACCAGGUGCCAACGUAUGCCGGGGCACAAAUAUCUGUGAUUGUGACUGAGUUGAACGAACUAUUCACUAACACGAGUCUAAUGGACGAAAUAAAAGAUUUAUCGUAUAGUAUUGAACCACUAAACGACUUAAAAGACCUAAUCAACGAUGGGAUUAAGAAUUUGACAAAUAAACAAUACAGAUUUGGUGAUUUGUUCCAUGAUGAAAAAUAUAUCAAAAAUUAUUUGGUCCGCCAGACAAACAUGACAGAAGAGACGGUCAUGGCACUGAUGAACGCUACGGUCAACGUAAACAGGAUAUUUGAGUUGAUGGGCUACACCGAUUUUAAGGGAAUCGUUUGCAACGAGACGGCCCUGGAACGAUAUCUUCAAUUCGAGGAGGGCGCUAAUGUUUCAGCUGUAGUUGAUGCGCUGUGUCAUGUGAACGAUUCUCAAAUUGCGGAGUUAGUCGAAGAAAUACAGCGACAACUCGAUAUUCGGUACAUCAUCAGCGAGUUGACCGUAUUACUGGAUUUGAUUGGCAGCUACGAUUGGGACCAGAUCUUAUCUGAUCUUGAUCGACUCCUGGAAGGACUGAACAAUACCGCGGACAUUGCACAGUUUCUAAAAGAUUUUCCCGCUAUGCUGGAAUUCAUUGACUUGAUACCGCAGCUACAGAAGUUGUACGAGGCUUUUACAUCGGGAAUUCUGGACCUGGAAACUGAAUUAUUUGAGCAUAUCAUAGAUAGCUUUGACGCACUACUUGGUAACGAUACUGUCUGGUUCAAGAUCAAAAGCGGGCUUCGUCAAAUUCGGGUUAUUCUCGAGUUGUUCAAUGAUCAAGCAGAUGAGCCUAUAGAAAAUGACGUAAUACUUGGCAAUCUUUUUGGUAAUAAUUCUGCCUUUUUUCAAAUUAUUGACGACUAUUUUGAAGAUACACCUAAUGUUUCCCUGGCGUUACUUAAUGCUAUGGUUUCUCCGGACAUGUUGAUGUUUGUAAUAAAGUCUCGGUCAGUAGAUCGCGCAGUUUGGAUGCUAUGCAAUGACAGUCUUUCUGACAUCUUCACUUUUACCGAUGGUGUGGAUGAGGAGUACGUCCAGAACGCUCUGUGUAGCGGCAACGUGACACAGCUCAUGACAGAUCUACUGCAAAAUUUGGACAUGGCACAGUUAGUAAGAGAGUUGACACAGUACAACCCUAGUCCCGGUGGGAUGUUUGACAUUGAUUGGAAUCAACUCUAUGAUGAAGUCAAAACCAUGAUUGAUGGACUACAAUACAUUCCAAUGGAUAUGUUGGAUAAGCUACCUGAGUUUCUACAAAGUCUGUCCGACCUCAAUCUUGGCUCAUGGAACGACUUGGCACAAGGACUAAGAAACACAAAUGCAACAUAUGCAGGAAGGCUGCACAAUAUCUCAGGCAUCAUCCAGGAUAUGUUUCCAAUAGAUCCAGCGAUGUUUGAAUUAUUAAACAUACUGGUCCCAAUUCUCGAGAACCCAAACAUUACUCUUGAAGAGAAGCUAGAUACAGUUUCGAAGGUUGCAAUUGGUCUGUUUGCAGAUCAGAUGCAAAAUUCAUCAUUUUUGCUACCCAUGCAGAAAGGUCUCAUCUUGCAAAAUCUAAUGUAUGACAUGAUACUGACAUUUACUGAGAAAUUUGUAGGGGAGAGAUGGUGCCCGGAAACCUGGAUAAUGGAAGGAGCAUCUUGUUACAAAACGGUUCAAAAUGAGGCUACAUUGAUGGAAGCAAUAGAUCAAUGCCAACUUCUGUAUGCAGGGGCCAAUCUCGUGUCGGUGAAUGAUGAGUAUGAGCAAAAAAUGUUAGAAGAAAUUGGGAAACCAUACUCUACCUGGAUCGGCGCACGGCCGUACCCCGGGGGAGCAGCCUGGUUGGACGGAACAAACUCCAGUUACUCAAACUGGAUGACGGGUGACCACAGUGGUAACUGUGUAGUCGCGAACUUUGGUACUGAUGGUUUCUGGGAAAAGAAGAAUUGCACUUCAAAGGCUGAAGGGUUUCUAUGUGAAGCAAAACAAGGACCACCAAUCCUGCGAGGCAUCAGGGAGAACCCCUUUGUUGAGCUGUUAUAUACAAUACUUGACCUUGGACCAGAAGUUUCGAUUGCUAUUUUGGACGCCUUCAGCUCGUCGUCGCUCAUUGAGCAAAUGUCAAUGCCUGGUUUCUGGAAUUCUACUGGCCUCUUCUGUGAUGAUGUGAUUCAGUAUCCAGAAACUGUGAAUAUUACAGUGGUCAAAGAAGCUCUCUGUUCAUUUAAUAUUCAUGAAAUGGUACAACGUGUCAGCGAGGAGUGGGACUUCUGGCAGGAGCUGGAGAUGUACAUUGAAGUAUGGAACACCAAAAUCACAGACCUGACUCCGGAACAAUUACAAUAUGCAAAUUUAUCCGCCAUUUUCCUGAAGGCAGAUCUUGUGCAAGCACACAUUGAAGAAAUCACUAUGAAUCCCACAGAUUGGGAGGCUUUGUUCUGGAAUAUUUUCAGUGACGUCAACAUGGAUUCAAUGGAGGCCAUAAUAGCACAGUAUUCUUGGCAACAACCAGCAUCUAUGGAGGAAGGAAUUGGCAUGAUGAUGUAUGGAUUGGGUUCUGUAUUAGAAUCAACUGACCAGUGGGCGAUGUACGAACCAUUUUUUCUCUACUCCUAUUAUGAAAUGCAAAUACUUCUCAAACAAAAUGAGUGGAUUGAAGCAUUAUCAAGAGGAGAAAUUGUCACAGAGGAACCGCAUAUGAUGAAACUUAUGGAGGGAGUGAUAGGGUUAAUGGAACAGCCGCAGGAUGUGAUGAUACCUUUAAUGACUGUUAUGUCAGACCAACAGUUUAUUAAUACAUUGGUUGGUCAGGAAGACUGGCAAGCAACGUUCUGUGACCCUGUUCUACGGCAAGAUACAUUUCAAUUUCCAACAUCUGCUGACCUUUCAUACUUUGACCUCUACCUAUGCGAGAUUAACGUCACUAUUCUUGAAUAUGAAUAUUCAAAAGAAUUUUAUGUUCAAGAAAUCUAUGAACAGAGUAUCAAGAUCGAACAAGUAUUGGCGGGAGGCUACCCUGCACCAAGCGGAGAACCGUUUGAUUGGCAAACUUAUUUUGAGUCGAUGGAGAAAUAUUACGAAUCCCAAAUGAGGAUGCAGAGCAUCAUGAUGGACAUGAUAGCGUACUAUAACCUCUCCGUUGUCAUGGAAACUUGGACGCCGAUGUAUGAGAAUGUUGAAUAUACAGCAAAUACAACUUUAUUUGAAAUGAUUGGAAAUAUCGGCAAAAUGAUGAAUUCAUCAUUCGGUGGAUCUGCGAUGUAUCCAGCUGCUUUUGCUCAACAGAUGAGGACACAGACCUUGUUUUUGAAAGCUUUAAACCGCCACUUUGAAAUUAUGGAAGGCAUAGCAAACGGUGAGGAUGUCUUGAAUGGCACUGAGAUAACAAAAUUCUACACUGGACUUGUAGAAGCCAGAGAUAAUUUUCCAGCUGUUCUUGAGGCCACCAUUAAAUCGUUGGUUAAUCCUGAAAUGAUGCUUGCACAAACUGAACUCAUGGCAGCUGGCAAUGAUUGGGUCACUGCCACAGUUUUCUCCAUCUGCCAAGCUGUGGAUUACUCCAAUGACGAUAUCACUAUGUUCACGGACAUCUUUUGCAAAGUAAAUUGGACUCUGUUAAUAGAAGACAUGAAGAAGGAAAUGUACCUUAAUGAGUUCAUUACCAUGUUUGCGCCUCACCCACUGACAAACUUUACAUAUGGAUGGAAUAGUACAGUGUCAAAUUACAGCGUAAUUAUGCCAGAAUUGACUACCAUUGAUUGGGAAGAGUACUGGUACAACCAAGAAAAACUGAAUGAAAACAUAAACAACACUAUUAAUAAUAUAAUCCAGCAGAUGUCACAGUACAAUACAUCGUUUGACAAUAUGUGGUCAGGAAUGUGGGACUAUGAUUUCAUGAAUGAUCCCUGGCAGAUAAUGUUUGGAAAUAUCAGCAAAAUGAUGCAGUCAGCUUUUGGUGGGUCUGCGAUGUAUCCAGCAGCUUUUGCUCAACAGAUGAAAACACAGACCUUGUUUUUGAAAGCUUUAAACCGCCACUUUGAAAUUAUGGAAGGCAUAGCAAAUGGUGAGGACGUCUUGAACGGCACAGAGAUAACAAAAUUCUACACUGGGCUGGUAGAAGCUAUGGAGAAUUUCCCAGCCAUGUUGGAGGCCACCAUUAAAUCAUUGAAUGAUCCUGAAAUGAUGCUUACACAAACUGAACUCAUGGCAGCUGGCAAUGAUUGGAUCACUGCCACAGUAUUCUCCAUCUGCCAAGCUGUGGAUUACUCCAAUGACGAUAUCACAAUGUUCAGGGACGUCUUUUGCAAAGUAAAUUGGACUCUGUUAAUAGAAGACAUGAAGAAGGAAAUGUACCUUAAUGAGUUCAUUACCAUGGUCAGUGGCAGCAUUAUUAUUUAUUUGGGAGAGGGAGGGGGGAGGGGGGGUGUUUAUGGUAACACAUCGUCUCCUGAUGCCGUUUUUAUCCCAUACAUUUUGGCUUUCUGUGGAGGCUUUUAGCAGGCAGAAAAUCUGUUCGAAUACCACAAAGUGUUGAAUGUACGCAUAUGAUCAACAUUUUCACUAGAAUACUUGUAGUGUAAUCUGUGAGAUUAAAUUUCUUCUUCU